AUGUUUAAGUUCACCUGUGCGAUCUUCGAGCAGGACGCAGUGCGGGACGCCGAAGUUUUCCAGCAAGCUAUUUCGGAUCUGAGUCUGAGCGAUGAUAUCUUGCAGAACGAGCGUGUCACACAUUCCAUCAAACUCAUCGAGCCUGACAACCCCUUUCAGGCCGUGCAGGAGGCAUGCGAGUUGAUGAAUCAGGGAAUCUUGGCACUGGUAUCGUCGACAGGUUGUGCGGCGGCACGGGCUCUGCAGUCUCUCACAGAUGCAAUGCACAUCCCACAUCUGUUUGUGCAGCGUGGAGUAAAUGGAGCACCGCGUGCAGAUUGUGUGUUCUGUACAAAAGCAGAUGCAGAGACGUACACACUUGCCACUCGGCCACCUGUACGCAUCGACAGUGUCCUGCUCACGCUCAUCUCUGAACUGCACUGGCGAAGGUUCAUCAUUUUCUAUGAUGCUGAGUAUGAUGUGGGUGGAUUAAGGACAUUUUUAGACCAGGCAUCUCGCUCCGGGCUUGACGUUUCCCUACAGCAGGUUGAGAGAAAUGUGUCAAAGGUUUUCCUCACACUCUUCAGCACGAUGAAGACGGAUGAGCUGAAUCACUACAGGGACUCCCUAAGACGUGCUGUUCUGCUGCUGAGUCCCCGUGCUGCUCAUGCCUUCAUUAACCAGGCUGUGGAGACGAACCUUGCGUCCAAAGACUGUCACUGGAUUUAUGCAAAUGAGGAGGUGAGUGACGCUGACAUCAUGGACCUGGUACACACCUCUCUAGGCCGACUAACGGUGAUCAGACAGAUUUUUUCUGGGUGGAAAAACAGUGUGUCUCAUUGCCGCAGGAAUAACCAGCGAGCCAAAUCAUUGCUGUGUCAACCACAGGAGGAAUAUCUACACAACCUGCAGGUUUCCAGUCUGUACCUGUACGACAGCGUGUUGAUGUUAGCAAAUGCCUUCUACAGGAAGUUGGAAGACAGGAAGUGGCAUAGCAUGGCGAGUCUAAGCUGCAUGAGAAAGUCGACCAAACCCUGGAACGGGGGCUGGUCUAUGCUCGAUACCAUCCAGAAGGGGCGGAUCUCUGGGCUGACUGGACUGAUGGAUUUCCGCAGUAAUGGAGCAAAUUCUCACGCUCAGUUUGAGAUUUUGGGGACAACAUACAGUGAGACGUUUGGAAAAGAUGUCAAACGUUUAGCAUUAUGGGACUCUGUUCGAGGGAUGAAUGGCAGUUUGAAGGAAAGCAGAAUGGAAAGCGGGAUGGAUGGCGUGACGCUGAAAGUGGCUACGCUCCUGGAAGAGCCCUUCGUGAUGGCGGCGGAAAGCAUUCUUGGACAGGCAAAGCAAUAUAAAGGGUUUUCCAUUGACGUUUUGGAUGCUCUAGCCAAAAUCCUUGGCUUUAAAUAUGAAAUUUAUCAGGUAGAGGAUGGAAAAUAUGGCUCCUUACAACCAAACGGUUCCUGGGACGGCCUGAUCGGAGAACUUACCAAAAAGAAGGCAGACUUGGCGAUUUCUGCCAUCACUAUUACUCCUGAGCGGGAGAGUGUGGUCGACUUCACUAAGCGAUACCUGGAUUACUCUGUUGGAAUCCUAAUGAGCAAAUCAGUGGAGAAGCUGUCAAUCUUCUCUCUCUUGGCACCCCUAGACCUCUCAGUAUGGGUGUGUAUCGGUGCCACAGUGCCCGUGAUGGGGGUGGUGAUCUUUAUUCUGCGUCGUGUACAGGCUGUCUGCUCACAUCAACCUGCCUCUGCCAACGCCUCCCUUCUCAACACAAUGUGGGUCGUGUAUGGCGCCUUUGCUCAGCAAGGUGUCGAGUCUGUGGUGAGUUCAGUCUCAGUACGAAUUGCAUUGGGCAGCUGGUGGCUCUUUACACUCAUCGUAUGUUCAUCAUACACCGCUAACCUAACCGUGUACCUGUCCACAAACAGACUGGAUAAUACCAUACGGUCUCUGCAGGACCUGGCCAGACAGUCCGGUGUGAAUUACGGAACAGUCAGAGACUCUGCGGUGUUCCACUAUUUCAGGAUGAAGGGGACAAACCCGCUAGAACAUGAUAGCACGUUCUCUGAAUUAUGGAGAACCAUCAACAAACAUCAGGGGAAAGUAAACUGCGUAGACUCUCCAACUGAGGGAAUCAGGAAGGUAAAACAGGAGCCGUACAUUUUUCUCUGGGAUGUGGCGGUUCUGGAAUAUGCGGCUCUGACAGAUGACGAGUGCUCGCUGAUUGUUACCGGAAACUCUGAGAACACAAAAGGAUACGGAAUUGCUCUGCAGCACGGCAGCACCUACAGAGAACUGCUCUCACACACGAUCCUGGAGCUGCAGCAGCGGGGUGACAUGGAUGCACUAAAGCUGAAGUGGUGGCCACGUAAAGGUCGCUGUAUUAAUGAGCUGCGCUCUGAGGGAGGCGCUCUAACUCUCCACACUCUUUCUGGAGUUUUCUGUUUACUCGCACUGGGGAUGUUCAUCUCUGGUGUGGUGGGAGUGCUGGAAAGCUGGUACACUCGCACAUCCUGCAGAACGCACACACAGGAUAAGGAGGUGGACCUUGAGGAGGUACAGCAGACCUACAGUGGAAUUAUGGCUGAUGAUGGUUUGUCUGAUAAGCAGAUUCCCAAUGCACCGCUGGAUGUCUCGGUGCUAGACGUUGGCACCGGGGGUUCGGUCUGCCAACGGCAAGAUUCCCGUGAUGCACUGCAUCCCUUUUCUCAUGGGGCUCUGUCCAUUUCCCGCCUUUACUCUGAGAGCAGUGUUGGGGGUAUGGCCAGCAGAAACAUGCCCCUCCCUCUCUCAAGCUCCACUUUGCCUUCCUCCUCACGCUGUAAACAUCGGGCACCAAAUGGAGCAAUUUUAUGCCAAAGUCCUAUAAAAUUGCCAGCCAAAUACCAACCAGUGCCUCCAGCACCCAUGGGCACCAACCACGGCACCUCAAUAUGACACAUUGUGAAACAGGACAUUUUCUGAUCACAACUGUACCAACCACAGCGCCUCAGUAUGGCAUCCCACCAUUAUGUAUGACUUUUAAGACUUAUAGUGCAUACUGAGCCCUAAAUGUGCAAUCUGAUGCAUUCUGUAUGACAUCGAUGCUCAGUUAUUGCAUAAUUUUAUAUCAAUUUUACAGAGAUGUUGUUAUAUCACAAGCUAGUCAAUAUGACAUUGACCGCUAUAUGUUUAAACAAGACUCGGUGUGCCAGUUAAAGCACUAGCCAUCACAAACAUUAGAAAGUCGAAAACAGUGAUGCCUGACUGAGAAAAAAAAGUUUAGUGAGUUAUUGAAUCCAACCCAAGCUGUGUUGAUAUGUAAAUAACCAUGAGAUUAAGAAUUGUAUUUUCAAUAUUUGUUUUUUAAGCUGUUACUAAAAGCAGUAAUAUGUAUAUAUAUAUAGAUCCUGUAAAUGUGGACU